AUGGACAAGAGGGUUCGAAGGAAGGUGGGAAGCAAGGGGAAAGAUAAGGUGGAUUUGCCAAGUUAUACAGAAGCUGAGAGUGAGGUUGUAGAUUUGAGUUUAAAACAGGCAGUAGAUUGGGUUAGAUUGCCUAAUGAUACAGUGAUUCAACUUUUUUCAUGUUUGAAUUAUCGUGACCGUGCUAGCUUAUCAUCAACCUGCAAGGCAUGGAGGACUUUAAGUAGAUCUCCAUUCUUGUGGCAAUCUUUGGAUCUUCGUGGUCACAAGCUUGAUGCUGCAACAGCAGCUUUGCUUGCCUCUCGAUGUGCAAAUCUUCAGAAACUGCAGUUUGAUGGAGUAGAAUCAGCUGAGGCUAUAAUAAAUCUUAAAGCUGGGGGUCUGCAUGAAAUCAGUGGUGAAAACUGCCGGAAAAUUACAGAUGCUACCCUUUCUGUGAUUGCAGCUAGACAUGAGGCACUUGAGAGCCUCCAACUUGGCCCUGAUUUCUGUGAAAGGAUCAGCAGUGAUGCAAUCAAAGCAAUGGCUAUUUGCUGUCCUAAACUAAGAAAGUUAAGGCUUUCAGGCAUUGAAAGCAUUGAUGGGGAUGCAUUAAAUGCUUUGGCCACACAUUGUCCAAAUUUGACAGAAAUCGGGUUCAUAGAUUGCCAUAAUGUUGAUGAGAUAGCUUUAGGGAAUAUUUUAUCGGUACGGUUCCUCUCUGUGGCGGGAACUACUAAUAUGAAUUGGGGUUUGGUUAUGCAGAUGUGGAGUAAACUGCCUAACCUGACAGGUUUAGAUGUUUCAAGAACUGAUAUUUCACCUGUUGCUGUUUCAAGAUUGGUAUCAUCAUUAAAUAGCUUGAAGGUGUUGUGUGCACUGAAUUGCCAUGGGCUUGAGCAAAAUACCAGCUUGGUCACUGGUAAUACUAAAGGUAAAUUGAUAGUUGCUUCUUUUACUGACAUUUUCAAAGGGUUAGCUUUUCUAUUUGCUGACACUACAAAGAAAGAAAGGAAUGUGUUUUCUGAUUGGAGAACUUCAAAGAAAAGAGAUAAGAACUUGGAUAAAAUCAUGACUUGGAUGGAAUGGAUCCUCUCACAUUCGCUUCUUCGUAUGGCUGAGAGCAAUUCACCAGGUUUUGACAAGUUCUGGCUUAGUCAAGGUGCAGCACUGCUGCUCAGUUUAGUGCAAAGUUCUGACGAGGAUGUUCAGGAAAGGGCAGCUACUGGACUAGCAACUUUUAUUGUCGUUGAUGAGGAAAAUGCUAGCGUUGAUGGUGGAAGGGCUGAAGCAGUCAUGCGGGAUGGUGGGGUACAUCUUCUACUAAAGCUCUCACAAUCUUGGUGUGAGAGCCUUCAGUCAGAAGCAGCAAAGGCCAUAGCAAACUUGUCCGUCAAUGUCAAUGUUGCAAAAGCGGUUGCAGCAGAAGGAGGAAUCAUUACUCUUGCAAAUUUGGCUAGGUCCAGGAAUAAGCUGGUGGCUGAAGAGGCUGCUGGAGGACUAUGGAAUCUCUCUGUUGGGGAAGAGCAUAAGGUUGCCAUUGCUGAGGCUGGUGGUAUAGAAGCCUUAGUUAAUCUUAUUUUUAAAUGGUCUGUCGGAGGUGAUGGAGUUCUGGAACGUGCAGCUGGUGCACUGGCAAAUUUAGCUGCUGAUGACAAAUGUAGCAUGGAGGUUGUUGCAGUAGGUGGAGUUCGUGCUCUGGUGAUGCUAGCUCGGACUUCCAAGUCUGAGGGAGUGCUGGAGCAGGCUGCUCGGGCCUUAGCUAAUUUGGCAGCUCAUGGAGAUACCAAUAAUAACAAUGCUGCUGUUGGACAAGAGGCAGGGGCUCUUGAAGCACUUGUCCAACUUGUUCGAUCUCCUCAAGAAGGUGUCAGGCAAGAGGCUGCAGGAGCAUUGUGGAAUUUGUCAUUUGAUGAUAGGAAUCCAGAAGCAAUUGCAGCAGCUGGUGGGGUUGAAGCUUUG